AUGAUUAAUAUUAAAUAAUUUUUAUUUCUAUGCUCCCAUUAAUCGCCCCCUCCUAAAAGCAAUUCAACUUUCACUUCUACACAUUAGCGAUCAGCCUCGCGCAGUGGUUCACUGGCACGUUUGCUUCUGAAUUCGUGCAUUGACGUGCAAAGGUUAUCACCGUAAGUUGACUUCACAUACUUAGUUCUUACUUCUUACCUCUAUAAUCUUCAGUGGUAUAUCCUGGUAUAAACCGCGUACGUUUGUUAUUGUUGUUGUGGUUAUUAAUAUUUUUUAUUAUAUAACUAUUAAAUACCUAUUUAUUAACGUCAUGUCGCUGAGUUGAAUAAUAAUAAUAAUAAUAUUGCAAUAUUGCAUUGUUCCUAUUCGUGUGAAAGUGUGAAACCGCGUUACUGCGAUCUUGUUCAGUCGUACCGAAUGCCCGUGUCGUCCAGUAGUCUGUUGUCCGGCAGUGCGCUCUCAGUCAAUCAAUCGGUCAGUCGGUCGUCUUCUCGUUAUUAUUAUUAACUUCAUAGAUGUGGUCGCGCACUGCACCACCUGCAGCCCAAACGACGGCCGUAGCAAUUAAUGCGGCGGCAGCAGCAGCAGCAGCAACUAUGACCUCCGUACCUUGGAGGUGCCGAACGUUCGUCGCGACCAGCUGAAACCCGACACCCACUGCGGCACGAUAUUUUACGCGACCGCCGUGCGUGUGUGUACUCCUCGAGCGAGUACGCGACGUCGGAUAAUAAGGAUAUUACAAUCAGUUGCAGCGGCGACGAUUGUCGUCCUAGCAGUGCAGUGAUAUCGUCCCGUCUCUUUGUUCCCGGGUUUUAGUUGUACAACCGAUUCGGCGACGAAAAACCUACUUUUGUGGUCUGUGGCCGGAGAUUGGUGAGUGUAUAGUACUCUCAUCAAUACAGCCUGCCCACAGUCACCAUGGGCCUCUUGUUUUCAAAAAUAUGGAGUUACUUUGGCACCGAAGAACACAAAAUCGUCAUCAUUGGCCUGGACAAUGCGGGCAAGACUACCAUAUUGUAUCAGUUCCUAAUGAACGAAGUUGUACAUACUUCACCAACUAUUGGCUCAAACGUUGAAGAAGUGAUAUGGAAUAAUAUACAUUUCAUAAUGUGGGAUCUGGGCGGACAGCAAUCCCUUAGAGCCGCCUGGUCCACCUACUAUUGUAACACUGAGUUUGUGAUAGUGGUCAUUGACUCAACUGAUCGCAGUCGUCUGGAUUUGAGUCGUGAAGAACUGUAUAAAGUGUUGAAUAAUGAAGAACUUUCUUCAGCUGCUGUUCUUGUUUAUGCCAAUAAACAAGACAUGAAAGGUGCAUUAACUGCUGCAGAAAUCAGUAAACACUUAAACCUGACUUCCAUUAAGAAACAACAGUGGCACAUUCAAGCUUGUUGUGCAUUAACUGGUGAAGGAUUGUAUCAAGGUUUGGAAUGGAUAUGCAGUCAAUUGAAGAACAAAUGAACACUUGUUAUUAUUUUUUUAUUUAAUUUUUAAAAUUCCUUUUGUAGAUUAUUAAAUGUAUAUAA